CUCACCCCGCCUCUCCUCCCCGCCGCGCAGGCUGCCGUCCGUCGUUCGGCGCAUGCGGACGGCUGUGUUGCUCAGUCACGGGCCUCCGCCGUUCCCUCCGCGUCCUCCGCUUGUGCGCCGCAGGGACCCGGCCCGCGCUGCAGCCCCGCCAUGGCCGAUCCCCGUCUGAGGCAGAUCAAGAUCAAAACCGGCGUCGUGAAGCGAUUGGCAAAAGAAAAGGUUAUGUAUGAAAAAGAAGCAAAACAACAAGAGGAGAAGAUUGAAAAAAUGAAAGCUGAAGCAUGUGAUGACUAUGGAAUAAAAAAGCAGGUUGAGAUCUUACAAGAGUCUCGAAUGAUGAUUCCAGACUGUCAGCGGAGAUUAGAAAUUGCACAUGCAGAUCUCACUCAACUACUAGAAAAUGAAAAAGAGUUGGAAGAAGCUGAAGAGUAUAAAGAAGCACGUUCCAUUCUAGAGUCGGUGAAGCUGGAAGCCUAGAAGUUUUUCAGUACCCUCUUUAUAUGUAUUAGCACUGGGUCCAUUUCACACUUUAUUUGACUAUAGCUCUGUUACUACUGCUGAUUUGCUAAGGUUCUCUUUAUGCAAACUAGUCUCUCUCUAACUGCAAGAUGCAUCAAAUAAAGGAUGUUCUGAAACAUCUGUGUGUUCCACAUUCCGACAAAACAAAAGCUUUUCCAGUUCACAUCAACUACAGAAGGUUAAAAAAAAAAAA